AUGCAUGCAAAAGCGACUUAUAAUAUCCAACCACUUAACGCUGAUGCAUUAGAUCUAGAGGUUAAUAUAUUAGUUUCAGAGGUUAAUACAUUAGAUCUAGAGGUUAAUACAUUAGAUCCGGAAACACAAAAAAAUAUAACAGAAGAGUUUAUAAGUGAAGCAAAUAAAGAUGAUGAUAACAUUAUUAUUAUUAGUAGUAAUGAAGAUACGGUACUUGAUAGUUUGUUGCAAAAGCUCAAAUAA